AUGGCUGCUACCAACGACCCCGACUACACUGUCCUUGACCCAGUUCCGACUGCUCCGUACCAUCCUUCGUCUGUAAAGACCCAGUAUUUCUAUUACAGCACACCCUCUCAGCCGGCUUUCACUGCUAGCUCCAAUGUCUGGUUCAAGCGGACACACCCUGAAGCAUACCUUCUUCUCAAGGAGUCUAGUCCUGUCGGCUUGCACCCUCUCAGAGAGAUCUGGGAGACCAAAGUCAGACCUGCCAUGAUUGACUAUUUGGACUCCAAGGGGGUGAAGAUGACAGGUCUGGAUUCAGUUCGCAUGGGGUAUCCUGGCGAGUCUUCUCCUCCUAUUAUCAUAUGGAUAGGAGUUGUUCCUGGCUCCCUCUCUGCUGAGGAUGGCUUCGAGGUUGUGGAUAACUGCAAGAGUAUCCUUUACGAUCAUAAUAUUGAGGAUGUCCAUGUUGAAAUUUAUGAGUCACAG